GAUGGAACUAUUAAAAUGUUAAGAGAUGAAAUUGAAAAGGUUAAACAUAAUGAAAUAACGGAAGUUUUUGUUGAACAUUCUGUACAAAGCUUUUCAAGCUUAAAAUUAGUUAAUAAUGAUAAUUCUGUACUAGUAGUUGACAAUAAUGAAUCAUGGAACAACUCGAUGAUCCUAGAUGAAAAUUUUAAUUCAACAAACUCAUCCAAACAAACUACCUCUUCAAGUGAACUAAAUACAUUGUUAGGGGAAAUUGGUAUCGAAGUAGACACUAAUGAUGAAGAAGAAUUGUGGAGAAAAAUUAAUUCAAAACUUGAAGCAAAGUUUGGAUAUGACGAAUAUCUAAAUACUCAAAUUGAUAAAGAUGAAAAAUUUAAAUAUUUGAAAUUGAUUCAUAUACUUCAGUAUUGGAAAUACGCUAAAAAAUUUCCAAUUAGUUGCUGGGUAGAUAAGGUUGCGAACACGUUCGGUGAGCAAUGGGAAGUGGAACUCAGCAACAAACGUAAAGAAAUUGAUGAUUUCAAUGAUUUCAAUAAUAAUCUUGAUGUUAACAAUAAUAAAAUUAAAGCCAAUUGGGAAUCAAUUGCAAAUGCAUUACUUAAUAGCGAACCAAUAAACCAAGAACUUCAAUCUACAAAUAUUACUGAUUUCAAAGAAAAUUUAAUUUCUUUUGGUAAUGACUUAAAAUCAAUCAAACAAGAAUUUGCUUUAUACAAAGACAGAGAAGAUAAAAUUAAAUAUUUUUAUUUAGAAGUCAAGAGCACCCCGGAUGACUAUAAAAGCGCAAGUUUAGAAGUUAAAAUUUCUAAAGCAGUUCCUUUAGGCAAAAAUGCAAAUUUCAAAUCAAUUAGACAAUGGAUAAGGGCUAGAGUUAUGAAUAUGCUUGAAAUUAAGGCGACAAGAUAUAAGACCAAAAUAUGGACUGGAUUAAUUAGGAUCAUCUUUAUUUUAAAGAACAAAAUUGCAACUAUUGAAGCCCUUGCUCAAGCCAAUGCCUCUUCAUGGUUUUUCAAAACGAUAUCUAACCUAGAAUUCAACAAAUUUUUAGAAAAGAUAACGAAUGGAAA